UCCAUGGUAUGGGCUGCGGGUCAGACCGAAAACCGUCGCUUCUAAUCUGGUUACCUCCGUGGAUUUAUCUCACCGUUACACGUUUGUGGAUCUAGGGCGGGUAAAGCUGCUGCGUGUGGACAGACCUGACGGAGUUAACGCUCCUCUGCGGCUGAGUCUGCACCUUUUGUCAGGAUGAUCCUCACAAUAAGACGAUAAAAAAAGAAAGAAAAGAAGAAAGAAAACAACGGCGCGUUUUGUCGAGCCAUGAAAAAACAUUAAAGGGUGUUUCCACCCGCAGGUUGUCAAACAUCAGAGAUCCGUGCAUGUGAUUCCUUCCAGCGUCGCGCGGACGUCGUUUGGGAACAAAAUGAUGUCAGGAAAGCAUUUCAAGGCUCAUGAAGUGAGCUGCUGCAUCAAGUAUUUCAUCUUCGGAUUCAACAUCAUAUUUUGGUUCCUCGGUGUGGCGUUUCUUGCCAUCGGGUUGUGGGCAUGGAGCGAAAAGGGUGUUCUCUCUAACAUCUCGUCCAUUACUGACCUGGGAGGCUUCGACCCUGUGUGGCUCUUCCUCGUGGUGGGAGGUGUGAUGUUCAUCCUUGGUUUUGCAGGUUGCAUUGGGGCGCUGAGGGAGAACUCUUUCCUCCUCAAGUUUUUCUCUGUUUUCCUGGGUAUCAUCUUCUUUCUGGAGCUGACUGCAGGAGUCCUGGCCUUUGUCUUUAAAGACUGGAUCAAGGACCAGCUCAACUUCUUUAUUAACAACAACAUUCGGGCCUAUAGAGAUGACAUUGAUCUACAGAAUCUGAUAGACUUCACCCAGGAAUAUUGGGAGUGCUGUGGUGCUUUUGGAGCUGAUGACUGGAAUUUGAAUAUCUAUUUCAACUGCACUGAUUCAAACCCAAGUCGGGAGAAAUGUGGAGUACCGUUUUCCUGCUGCACCAAAGAUCCAGCUGAGGACGUUAUAAACACACAGUGUGGAUACGACAUCCGUGCUAAAACGGAUGCUGAACAGAGGACCUUCAUUUACAUCAAAGGGUGUGUCCCACAGUUUGAGAAGUGGCUUCAAGACAACCUGACCGUGGUGGCGGGCAUCUUUAUUGGAAUUGCAUUAUUGCAGAUUUUUGGUAUCUGUUUAGCGCAGAAUCUCGUGAGCGACAUUGAAGCAGUGAGAGAGAGUUGCUUGUUUACCUAAGACCUCCACUAAGUUUUCAGAGGCAAGAAAGAUGCAUCAGGACUUUGUGGUAUAAAUGGCAGCAGUGAAGGGAAACAAUCAGCUGAAGUUUCCAGUAUGAAGAAUCUACUUCAAAUGUAAAUAAAGAAUAAAGAAUUUCUUUCAGAGUUAUUUUACAGGAAGUGCAACCUCUGAAAUGUAGCGAAGCUCUGAUGCAGUCCAACACAAACAAAUACAGUCAAAUUUAUCACAGUACAAGUAGCUCUGGUAGUAAAGACUGUAGAGGAACUGAGGGAAGAAAUUAUUUGUGCACACCAAAAAUGAAGGAAAGAAUUUAGGUUGUCUCUAAGGAAGUGGUUGAAAAAAAGGAUCUUAGCUUUAUUAGCUUCACAACUGCAGUUUUGAACAGCUGCAUGGAAGGGUUGUGUACAAAGAUUGAAGUGAUUUCUGGAAAUGCACUGCAUGCCCAUUGUCUACUGAUCGGACUGGUCGGACAUCGGCUCACCUAAAUGUAUUUCAUUCUGUAUUUUAAAAUACUUGUUUUAAUAGUUACUGGUAAGCACUUUGCUUAAUGUGUAAGGAAAUCUGCUCAACGUUAAAUGGAUUGAGUUAAGAUUUAAUUCCUCGUACAGACGCAUAAUUUACGCAGCAACGUUUUGUGGGUCUGUAGCAAAAUGUAAUAUCAUGAAGAGAUGUGAUGUAUGAAGAAGGCUUCGUAAAGUUCCAGUUUGAAAGGGAAAACCAGUGACAACAAACGUCUAAAUACACUGAUGUGGCAUGUAAUCAAUAUUCAGCCUUAAGCACUUUAAUCACCAUAGAGGAGAUAUGAAGCUCACUGUUCAGUUUGGAUGUUUUAGUUUAGCAGAAACCACUGGAAGAGGCAUUUUCCCAUUAAAAAAAAAAAAAAAAGAAAAGAAAAAGAAAAAUUAUGCUCCUUUUUUGUCAUGCUUUGUCCAAACAGCAGCUUGACGGUGAACGUCUUUUAGCAUAGACUAGAAGUGGUGCCACCUCUUGUACAUUAUGUCUGUAAGUGUUGAACAUUCAUUUUAGAUUGUUGCCGCAUUGUAACAGUAAUUGAAUUUGCCAAUGAGGAUAAACAUUUUUCCAUGUUUUGAGCUGUUCAUUUUUACUGGAAUAUGGGGAUACAAGUGGUUCCCUUUUGCUGGCACUUAAGUGAGAGUAUAAUUGGUGUACAGCCUACUUACAUGCAGUACUUGAAAGCAGAGCAACGCAGGUUCUGUCACCAGCAGUUUUUAGUUAAACACUGAUACUACAAAGCGCCAUAAAACAUUAUAUUUUCUGUUUGCCUUUGAUUGAGUUCAAACCAUCAUUUCAUGCAAAGGCGGACUGAAAUCAUACCAAGUUUCUUUGAUGAUUUUAACUAAACUGGCAAGACUUUACUGAACAGAUUGUUUCUACUGUUAUUUGCAUUUUAAGGACAAUGGUGUCAAAUAUCAUUCUUCCGACAAUACGAGCUUCAAAUGAUUGUUGUGAUCACACAAUUUCUCACCAACUAGUGCCAUACUUGUGGUUUCUACAUGUUCCUGAUUUUGACUAUGCUUUUUUUCAUGUGUUCCUUAUUCUUGUAAAUAACUGGAUUAUGUUGAGAUGUAAAUAUGCAGUAUAUCUGAAUAAAUGUGGUUCUUUGUA